AUGGCGCCUUCGAAGCACAAGGUCAAGAUCAAUGUUGAUUUGGGAGAGGGCUACGGCAAUUUCAAGUGCGGCCCGGAUGAGGAGCUCAUCCCGCUCAUUGACCAUGCAAACGUAGCAUGUGGUUUCCAUGCCGGCGACCCCCUCAUAAUGCAACAAACCGUCCGCCUCUGCGCCGCCCACUCCGUCGCCGUCGGCGCGCACCCGGGUCUGCCCGACAUCCAAGGCUUCGGCCGCCGCGAGAUCAAAAUGACCCCCGAAGAACUGACGGCCAUGACGCGCUACCAGAUCGGCGCGCUGCAGGCCUUCCUCGACGCCGAGGGCGUGCCGCUGCACCACGUCAAGCCGCACGGCGUGCUGUACGGCAUGAUGUACCGCGAUGCCGACGUAUGUAGGGCGGUGUACGCCGCGGUGCCGAAGGGCGUGCCGGUGUUUGGGUUGGCGGGCACGGUGCAGGAGAGGGUGGCGAGGGAGAUGGGGUUGGGGUUUGUGGCGGAGUUGUAUGGGGAUGUGAAGUAUACGGCUGAUGGGACGUUGGUUAUUGAUCGGAAGAAGAAGCCGUGGACGGCGGAGGAGACGCGCGCGCAUGUCACGUCGCAGGUUUAUGAGGGCGCGGUGACGGCGGUGACGGGCGAGAAGGUGGAUCUGCCGUUGGGAGACUACGAGGUUUCGCUGUGCUGUCACUCGGACUCGCCGGGGUGUAUGGAGAUUGUCAAGGCGUCGAGGGCUAUCAUUGAUGAGUUCAACGCAAAGACCUUCUCGUGA